UCGUCUUUUGCAAGAAGAAGGUGUUAGUGGUUGGAGAAUUUACCAGAAUCCUGGAGAUGCAGUGUUCGUUCCUGCUGGAUGUGCUCAUCAAGUGUGUAAUUAUACAAGUUGCAUCAAAGUGGCUGUCGAUUUUGUAUCACCAGAAGGCGUGGGACGAAGUCUUAUUAUCAGUAAACAAUUUCGUAAAUUGUCUAGAGCGCAUAAGAGAAAGAAAGAUAUUUUGCAACUUCCUGUUAUUCUUUAUCAUGCCUGGACGACCUCAUCUACUAAAUAA